AGCCUGGCCGCUGUGUCUGUCUGUCUGCUGUCUGUCUCUCCAUAAACCCAUGUGGCUGGCUGGCUGGCUUCCUGUUGGUCCUUCGUAAACCUGCUUACCCACCUAUCUGUAAGCCUAUCUAUUAUCUUUUCUACCCAGUUGUCUGGCCUGUGUGAUAACUUAUCUCGGGACCCACUGGUUGUUUUUUUUUUUCCUAUUUAUCUGAUUGCCUGAGUUUACCUGUAGAGUUUCUUUUCCAUUUGUCUGCCAGUUUGUUCCUCUGUCUGUCCACUGCCCUGUGUGCCCACCUGCCUCCCCUCUCUCCCUGGACCCCUGAGCCAUGGCCUGGAGUCACAGGGCCACAGUCUGCCUGGUCCUGCUAGGUCUGGGUCUGGGUCUGGGUCUCGUUGUGUUGGCUGUGGCCCUUUCUCAUCAUGGCGCCUCCUGUGGCCCUGACGCCUUUGCCCACGCUGCCGUAGCUGCUGACUCCAAGGUCUGCUCAGACAUUGGCCGGGCCAUCCUCCAGCAGCAGGGCUCACCCACGGAUGCGGCCAUCGCAGCCUUGAUCUGUACCGGCGUCGUUAACCCACAGAGCAUGGGCCUGGGCGGAGGGGUCAUCUUCACCAUCUACAACGCCACAACAGGGAAGGUGGAAGUCAUCAAUGCUCGGGAGACAGUGCCAGCCAGCCAUGUCCAAGGCCUGCUAGACCAGUGUAGAAAGGCCCAGCCACUGGGCACAGGGGCCCAGUGGAUCGGGGUUCCGGGGGAGCUCCGUGGCUAUGCCGAGGCCCACCGCCGACAUGGCCGCCUGCCUUGGGCUCAACUUUUCCAGCCCACCAUCACUCUGCUCCGGGAGGGUUUCCGUGUGCCCUGGGUCCUCAGCCAGUUCCUCAACCACAGCUUCCUGCGGCCCUCCUUGUAUUCAUCAACCCUGAGACAGCUCUUCUUCAAUGGGACAGAAACCUUGAGAUCUCAGGACCCAUUUCCGUGGCCUGCACUGGUCAACACCCUGGAGACCGUGGCCACAGAGGGUGUGGAGGCCUUAUACACAGGGAGGCUGGGCCGCAUGCUGGUGGAGGACAUUGCCAAGGAAGGAAGCCAGCUGACAGUUAAGGACUUGGCGGCCUUCCAGCCUGAAGUGGUGGCUCCCCUGGAGAUGCCCCUAGGAAACUACACCCUGUACUCACCACCACCACCUGCAGGGGGUGCUAUCCUUAGCUUCAUUCUCAAUGUGCUGAAAGGGUUCAAUCUCUCUGCAGAGAUGGUGGCCCGGCCUGAAGGGAAAGUGAACAUGUACCAUCACCUUGUAGAGACACUCAAGUUCGCAGUAGGGCAGAGGUGGCGGCUAUGGGACCCUCACAGUCACCCAGGCAUACAGAACACCUCCCAGGACCUUCUCGGGGAGGCUCUAGCCCAGCACAUCCUCCAGCAGAUCGAUGGCCGCGGCGACCACCAGCUCAACCACUACAACCUGUCCGGGGUCAGGGGCAACAGGAUGGGCACCUCUCAUGUGUCCGUGUUGGGAGAGGACGGCAGUGCUGUGGCAGCAACCAGCACCAUCAACACACCCUUUGGAGCGAUGGUGUACUCACCUCGGACAGGCAUCCUCCUUAACAACGAGCUACUGGACUUGUGUUGGAGGCAUGUAGAAGGUUCCGCGGUCACUCCUCCACCUGUUCCAGGUGAGCGCCCACCAUCUUGCAUGGUUCCCUCCAUCCUGGUCAACAAGGCCCAGGGAUCCAAGCUGGUGAUUGGUGGGGCUGGCGGGGAACUCAUCAUCUCUGCUGUGGUCCAGACCAUCAUGAAUAAGCUGUGGCUUGGCUUUGACCUGACAGGAGCCAUUGCAGCCCCCAUCCUACAUGUCGAUAGCCAGGGCCACGUGGAGUAUGAACCCAAGUUCAACCAGGACGUGCAGAAGGGGCUACAGGACCGGGGCCAGAGCGAGAGCCCACGGCUGUUUUUCCUGAAUGUGGUCCAGGCUGUGUCCCAGGAAGGGCCCUGUGUCUAUGCGGCAUCUGACCCGAGAAAGGCUGGAGAGGCUUCGGGAUACUAAGACGGCUUUACCCCGAGCUAGGAUCUGACCCACUAUGAGUUCGGUGCCUCAGACAGAGGAAGCUGGAGGUCUAAGUGCUCCAGGACCUGGAUCCUUUGCCGCGAGAUCAACCUGGGACUGAAAAGGACAGGGACCAGGUCGGCAGAUGAAUGACGGAAGAGAGAAGGAUUGACUUGUUUGUGGUCCCUUCCCGACACCUCCUGGGGCCCUGCUCUGCCUCUUUCUAGCCUCAUGCUCAUCCUCUAAAUGGUCUACCUACCAGUCCAGGAUUAAAGAGGAGCCACACUGUGGACUGAUUUAGUGGUUCUAAGCAGGUAAAGGGACACUCAGCGCCCUGUGACGUGCAAUACACCUCAGACUCCUAUGGCCCUUCAUGACUCACCAUCAAGGCU